CGUCGCUGCUAUCAGCCAGACACGGUUGGGUGUGAUGGUCUCCUUCCAGCAUCGGGGAGGAUAAAAUGUGCCGGUUCCAUCACCGGAUGGUGAACCCAAAUUCUUACGGAUCGUGUUACGUCACUUUGGCCUCAUCCGAAUUUUAAGCAAAGCUGUUUGCGGUGAUGUCCCAUGCCCAGAUCUACCGUUCUUAAGACUUCUUCUACAGGCUAUCCUGCACAGUACUGUUUCCCCCUGGUGAUGAGGACCAUUCGAUAUGGUUUACGCAGAAUGGAUCAUGAUGUCAUUCCUAAUCAUGGCAUACCCUAUUUCCCAUAGAGAAGCCAGCUAAGGGUGUUUCAUCCUCUCACAUGGUAUAAUCUGGAGAGUCUUACAACGAGAUGUCGGACGAGGAGGCCCAGGACACUCGUCAGCCCACAACUCCGAUAUGUAUUGCGAUAUGCAACUUCUCCUCGCAGUGGUUUCUCAUACCACAAGGUACGGGUAUCAUUGCUGUUAUUCUUCAUCAAUUGGACUAUCAUUUCGAUGGUCUGGAGAUCAUCUCUGAGGUGGUCUGGGUGUAUACAAUCAUACUGCUAGCGCUAGGCGUCUCUAUCUACCUUGCACGAGUCUUCAUGUACCCGCGUUGUGUCGCGCGGGCACUCCGGACAAGUAUGGUGGAAACAUCCUGCCUUGCCAGCAUCCCUAUCACCCUUACCACCAUUAUUCAGAUGAUCGCUUUGACUAUCGCUCAGCAAUGGGGUGCAGGAUGGCCGAUAGCCUCGUACGUCCUGUGGUGGGUCAACACAGCCAUGGCUGUAGUUGCCGUCAUGGGCAUACCAUACAUCUUUAUCAACCUCCAUUCCCCGGGAGUCAAAGCCGUUGUGCCAUCCGUCCUGCUUCCAUUGAUCUCUACUUUGACCUCUGCAGCAGGUGGGGGCAUCGUGUGCGAGUAUAGCGGCGUCAGCGCCCGACUGCAAGUUCCACUUGUCAUCGUAGCAUACCUCGAAAUCGGUAUCAGCAUCCCUCUGGCCAUGGCCUUUGACGAUGUCUUUGUCGCCCGUCUGUUCGAACGCGAAUUUCUGCCUAUGAGUCAGGUCUACCAAGACAUGAUUCUCUGUGGUCCGUUUGGACAAGCCAGCUUCGCGCUGCUGAUUCUCGGCCAAGUGGUGCGCUCCGGGGCAUUUGCGCAGUACGAUCGGGGGACCUUCCUGUCAGCUGAAGCAGCGGUUCCAAUCGGCUACGCCAGUCAGUUCGCCGGGCUGCUGUCCUGGGGGUACGGGACCUUUUGGUGGGGCUAUGCCAUCAUAAGUAUUGUGCAUACAGCUUUUAAGCAACCAGGAGGCUGGCGGAAGACGCGCUAUUCUCUUUCAGCAUGGUCUUUGGUAUUCCCAUGGGGCGUUUAUACCAAUGCGGCAGUGGAGCUCGGGAAGGUCAUGGACUCACCCGCGUUCAGGGUGUGGUCGACGGUGCUGCUUGUCUUGCUGCUCAUUAUAUGGAUUGUGAACCACAUCUUCACCAUCAAAGGUCUUAUUACAGGGCAACUCCUGUCGCUCCAGCAUGGAUGGCGUGUAGGUCACUACCGGGCCGGUGAAGUUGACAAACAAGUAUAAGCGACCAGCUCGAAAUCAUCCAUUUUCUUACGAAUUACAUCGGGCUCAAGGUCUACCGCUCGUUUGCAGGUUACCACAGGUUUCACCUUCACCGUGCUGCACAUCCUGCCUAUAUUAGGG